UACAAAUGUAGAAUGUGUUUAAAAAUAUUAAAACAACAAUAAAGAUCAUAGGCUUCAGUAUAUAGAGCAUUUACCGAAAAAUGAAAUAUUUUCGUAGGGGACCCAUAAAUUUUGAGAAAAAUAAAAAAAAAAUGAAAAUUUUAUUUUAAUGCAUAGUUACAUCCUUCACUAACAUAUGAUGAAUGUCAAAGAGGUUUCGAACUUUUUUUUGUCUUUGUUUUCUAAGGAAUAUUGAUUUUAUAGUAGCUAGUGAAACAAAUUAGGGAGUACUAUGAAGUUUUAAUAAAUUAAUUGAUAAAAAAUUUAAACGAUGCCCAUGUACCAUUAAAGAGAGUUUAAUAUACAUUAAUACAAAUGUAUAAUGUGUUUAAAUUUUUUAAAACAUCACGAAAAAUCAUAGGUUUCAGUAUGUUAGUGAAGGUCAAAGAGGUUCCAACAAGAAGUAAACAACACGAAAAAAGUUAAGGCUCCAACAAGAAAGUAGAGUAUGCAAGUAAACAACUGUUCUCUAACUGAGGCUACAUGAUUAGCCUCGACAGGGUUUGGUUCCCAACUGAUAACAAAGCAGAUUAGGAUAAGUUAAGACAAAUCCAAUGCAAAAUGAUAAACAAAUUAAGGAAAGACCUCUGAUUUCGUUCUUGAUCAUUUCAAAAUAUAAUCAGAGGCUACAACAAACAUACAUCCUCGUUAAGGAAACUUGUAAUAUAAAAUAUAAUUAAUCCAUAUUAACAAAGUUUUUUCUUUUAAAGUGACAUGGAUUCAAUAAUUAUGCUCCAAUAAGCUUUUGCUUUGUCUUUAUAAUCUUUAUAUAAUAUCUUGCACGUUUUAGCACCUCUAUUUCUUCCUUUAUAAAACCUUCACAUUUCUUCUCCUUAGCUCAUAAGUAAUCAAAUCUCAAAAACCAAUAUUACAAUAUCCUCUCUCUUUCUUUCUCUCACUAAAAACCCUCUAAAGAUCUAAUGGAUCAAAACGAACCAAUAAGCAAGAAGCUAUGGAACAUCGUACGUUUUCUCUUGUACAUGAUCCGUAAAGGCGUCUCAAAACACAAACUCAUCGCUGACUUCAACGCCACUCUAAAACGCGGCAAGAACCUCAUGUUCCACCACCGUCGCCGUGUCCCAGCCGCCGACACUUCCUCGUCGGCCGCCGCAAACGCACCUCAACGACAAGAAUACGAGUUUAGCUGCAGCAAUACUCCAAACUACUCUUUCCCCUUUCCCAAUAUUGGUUUCAUGAAGAAAAAGAGCCACAAUAAUCUCUUCGCGUGUGGUCAAACGCCUCAGACGCUCGACGACGACGCUGCCGCAGCUAGAGCAGUUCUUGAGCUUCUUAACGGCGUUGGUGACAAAGGAAACGUUACUCCCGCGUAUUUGUCGGCGGCUUUGUCUCCUUACUUUCCAGGGUUUGGUCGGACUCCUUUGGUGAGGCCGUUGAGAGUAACGGACUCACCGUUUCCGUUAACACCGGAAAAUGGUGGCGUGGCUAACGGACACGUGGACCAAGCGGCUGAUGAUUUCAUAAAGAAGUUUUAUAAGAACUUGAAUCAGCAGAAAAAAAUGAUUGAGUUCAGCUAAAAACUAAUCUGAUUGUGUGCUUCUUCGUAUUUCUCUUCUUCUUCUUUUGCUGAUUAAAUGCUUGAUAUGUAAUGAUAUUUUUGGGGGAUUUUUAUUUUCACUUUUCUUGAAACAAUUGGAUAUUGUCAAUAAGAAGAAUAUCAUGGGCUUUGUCAAUAAAACUAAUGUUUUAGUAAGAAAAAACAGAUGCAUGGACGCAAUAAUACUGUACCUUCGUAAAACAAUUUGAUGAACUUUCAUAAAUAUUUUUUUUGGUAAGUGACAAUAAUCAUGAUCAUAUGGACAAUAUAAAUUUGUUCAUAUGAUUUUUAAUUUUCUUUUAUAUCUUGUUUUUGGCUAACGUAAAAGAACAUAAAUUAUACAAUAUUCUCGUAUCGUUCUUUGAUUAGUAUCUACAGUUUCGUACGGUUUGGAUCUUCUAUAGCCUUUUAAUUAUUUGCAUGACAUGACUCAUGAAUACAUCUGAAGGUUACAAUCUCAUUCAUUGUUACUCACUUAAAAUCCUGAUUUUUUUGUAUAGGCAUCAUAUUAAUUUUAUAGUCUUUGUGCAAGGCUCACUUUCCAAAACAUCUACCACUGAAAACAUGCUUAGAAAACUAUAUUAUGGUGAUAUCUUGGAUAUAUACUUAGAUGAAAUGAAACACGAAACUCAAAGUGGUCAUUGCAAGUUGUUUGGCUCUUUCCCUAAAGCAAAAGAGAGAAAAGUACUUUCUUUUUCAACUUUUUUCUUUAAUUUUCUUUUAGUUCUUUUAAUUUUCUUUAUAACAUAUUCACAAGUUUGAAAUCAUAGUUAUAGCGAUCAGCCAAUUACCUAUCAAAACAACAACUCUACCACUAUCAAGAAAAGCUUAUAUCUGGCAAAGUCAAUAAAAACUUCUUUCGUAAAUCACGUUUGUUUUCGUCUUUAUAGAUGAUUUGAUUCUUAAAAAUCAAGAUUGAAGAGCGAGGUUGUAAACUUUUCUUUCCUUCGUUGGGAUAUAAAAGUGAUAAGACAAUUAGAAAAAUAUGCAUGUGUUUGAUACACACACAUACACAUACACAAACAUGUAAAUAUAUUCAUAUUCUGAAAUUAUGAUGUGCAACGUACUAAAAUAUGUUACCUGACGCUUUAAUGGCUGUAAAAUCUUUAAAAGGAGUAUUCUCUAGAUAAAAUUAUAUAGAGGAAAGUAAGAAAAUGGUGUUUCAUGUAUUCUGACAAUUGCAAUAGGAUUCCGAAACGAAAUCAGAUCGGUCAGAAUAUAGACAGGUUUAUUUACGUGUUUGUGUAUGUUUGUUGUAGUUAUAAAGUAAUCGAUAUUGUAUAACAUGGCAAAAAUUAACUUAUAAAAAGGGGAUGAUAUAUAGAGUAAACUAUACAUAUAUAUGUAAGAUCUAUUAACUUAUUAAAAGGGGAUGAUAUAUAGAGUAAACUAUACAUAUGUAAGAUCUAUCAUAAGUUAUAUUGGCCGGAAUUAAUAUAGAACUGUGAAAAGCUAUAUAUAUUAAACUAGUUCAGAAACACUUAAAAGAAAUAAUAUCCAGCGAUUCAAUAUAGAGCUGCAUAUAUACAAUUGCUACUUGAAGGACUAAGAUGAAGCUUUAUCGAAUCAUAUUUGGUUCAUCUCAAAGAAAAAUAGUUAUCGUCUCAGCUUUUGUGUUGGUAGAGCUGCAUAUACAACUGCUACUUGAUCAAACAUGUGUGAGUGAAUCAGAGAUAUGCUUCCAUAUAGUCUGUGGGAUUCUCAAUUGAUAAGGAAGUCGUCUUUCUAUUACUGUUGUGUGUUUAUCAUCGGCAAGUGAGUUGCUUUUUUCUUUAAAGGAUAUAAUUUUUUUAAAUAUAAAUAAAUAGCUUACGUAUAUUUUAUAUUAUAGAUAUAUAAUAUUUAUCAUAUUACAUAUAUAUGUUAUUACAUAUAUGUUUUAUACAACAUGUCCUUUUUGUACAACAUUUUAUGUAACACGUCUACACGGAUCAUCAAUAUAUUAUAUUUGUGUAUAAAUCUUCUAAAUUAGUAUGUCAAAGGAACCACAAUAUACAUUUUUCUUAAAGCAAAUUUAUUAUGGUUUACUAAGACUUUCUGCAUUAAAUACAAAAUCAUAGUUGUAUUUACGUUUUUUUUAUUCAGAACCGGUGAUCUACAAUAUUCGAACUUGGACAUUUUGGUCUCUGAAUCUUUAAAUAAACAAUUGAGAAACAUAUUUAUAAUCACGAAAUCUAUAACACAAUCAAUUUGUAGGAUCAAAAAUACUAAACUAUAUAAAUCCUAAAAUGAGUACAAAAAGUCAAUGAUUUGCUUUAGAGUUCGUGUAUUUUAUAUCACAUUAUAGUUUGUUUUUUUUAAUCAUUAAAGUUGUCUUAUGCUUCGGUCUACGACUGGUUUUGCAGAUUUAAUUUGCAAUCAUGAACCGGUCAAAAUAAUUAUAGGUGAUCGUUAGAUUAGAAAUAGUGUUUGUAUCAAUGAAUAUAUGUUGAACUAUAUAUUUAGUGGGUUUCGCCGAGGUGGCAUGUUUCAAAUGGGAGUGUAAAUGAUAAUAUUAUAUAUUCAGUCAUGAUACGACGGUGUUUAGUAAUUGGGUUUUUGUUUCGAGUAAGACCCGACAAUCUUAAAUUGCUGGUUUAUUAAUUAGACAAAACUAAAGUGUAUUAUGCUAGUGGCAAUCAGGUGUAAUUAUUGAGUAAAACUCAGGACAAAAUACUAAAUGUAUUCAUGUUUUAAUAGUUCAGAUGAUCGAUAAUGUGUUUUACAAUAUUGAUAGGAAAAAAGUAUCUUAAAUGGAUUCCCAACAUGUUGAACCAAGUUACUAGUACAACCAAAAUGAAGUGUAACAAUAAUACCAAGUAAAAGCAUAGAGCAUUUCUUUAAUAACAUUUAUAAAUUUUUGUUUUAAGCCCUAUUAACUUAUUAUGUUUUGAACUUAGCCCUAUUGUCUUAAGAAAUGUAAUUUGUUCUACGUUUAUCAGUUACUUCAGUUUUUUUUUUAAAAUAUAACUCUAUUUAUUUGUGAAUAGCUUCUACAAUAGUAAAAUAUUAUAAUCAAUUAUAAUUGUUUCUUCUUUUCUUGAUUCACUUUUAAAUUUACUAGAUUCUUUCUCCGCGCUACGCGCGGAUAAUAUAUUUAAAUUUGUUACAUUUAUCAUUUUUAUUUGUAUGUGAAUUUUUAUAUUAAACUAUAUAUAACUAAUUUUUAAAUUUCAUUUUUUAUAUUAAAUUUACUUGCAUACUCUACUUAUUAUAUAACCGAACCAAAAUAGAGAAAGUGCUUUGAAUUUCGUAAUACCGAGAAUAUACCGAAUGGAUGUCAUUUUAAAAACACUGUGAUAUAUAUAUAUGGUUUGGUAUAUAAACCGAUUAAACCGAAUAAAAUUAGAUUGUUUCUGACAUUUAACAACUGUUGAAGGUUGUUCGGAUAUUUUAUUUGAUCCUGAGAUUUUUCAAAUAAAAUACUACAAAUCAAUGUGAGUUUAUAAUGAUCUCAAAAUUUUUUUUAUGACAAUUCAAUUCUGAUAACCAAUAUAUGUUGAUAGUACUGAUGUUUUUUUUUUACUUUCAAGAUUCCAUUCCGUGGAAUUUGAUUCAACUUCAAGAGAGUUAAAGAUUUGAUUUACUAUUUUACGGAACUUUAAUGUUAUUUUGGUUUUUUUAUUAAACACUAUUUUCUUUAUGUUUUAAAGAGUCGGAUAACCUUCAGUUAUUUUAUGCUUCAAUGUUGUUUUUUUCAUUUCGAGUACUAUAUUUUUUAAAUUACACAGGGUUAGAGUUUGGCUAUAUAUUUUCCUUAUCCCCCGAGAUAAUCAUAUUUUGAGUGUUCUGACCUAUAUUUCAAAAUUUUAUUAACAUCUAAGACAAGUUAUAUACUUCGAUUUAUAAAAAAAAACAUGUCUAAUGAUAAUGAUUGUCGAAUUGUUAACAUGUAAAUCAACAUGAAGUCAAAAUUAACUCAAGUCAUAGACUUCAUGUUCCACAUAUUAUCGUCCAUUUAUUCGUUAAGCACCAUGGAUUUAAGAUACACCAUAUGUUAUACAAAAUUAUAAAUCUUUACAAUUAAGAAUGAUAUAGAUAUCGCAUGCCGCGCAAGGCGCGGGUUACUACCUAGUUAUUGAGUAAAACUCAGGAAAAAAUACUAAAUGUAUUCAUGUUUUAAUAGUUCAGAUGAUCGAUAAUGUGUUUUACAAUAUUGAUAGGAAAAAAGUAUCUUAAAUGGAUUCCCAACAUGUUGAACCAAGUUACUAGUACAACCAAAAUGAAGUGUAACAAUAAUACCAAGUAAAAGUAUAGAGCAUUUCUUUAAUAACAUUUAUAAAUUUUUGUUUUAAGCCCUAUUAACUUAUUAUGUUUUGAACUUAGCCCUAUUGUCUUAAGAAAUGUAAUUUGUUCUACGUUUAUCAGUUACUUCAGUUUUUUUUUUAAAUAUAACUCUAUUUAUUUGUGAAUAGCUUCUACAAUAGUAAAAUAUUAUAAUCAAUUAUAAUUGUUUCUUCUUUUCUUGAUUCACUUUUAAAUUUACUAGAUUCUUUCUCCGUGCUACGCGCGGAUAAUAUAUUUAAAUUUGUUACAUUUAUCAUUUUUAUUUGUAUGUGAAUUUUUAUAUUAAACUAUAUAUAACUAAUUUUUAAAUUUCAUUUUUUUUUAAUUUUUAGUUCGAAGUAAGUAUUUCUAUUAUAUGUAAUACAAUUAAUUAAUAAAAUAUGAAGAAUCAAGUCCGAGAUUUUAGAGUUAUGUAA